AAGCGCUGAGAGUUGAAAUUUGUCGUUGGCCCUAUCGUCGUCGGCCAGUGCUGGGGGUUUGUUUAAUUUCGACAUGCAGCAUACUCGAAUUAAUUGCUUACAAACACAACCAAAUCCAAUAAACGCGUCGCGACUCACAUCCCCAGUCUGAGGGACUCUAACCGCGCCUGGAAUUUGAACAUUCAACAUGGCAACCCUCGAUUCAAUACCAACUCCAUCAUGUCCACUUGUCCGAUCGACAAGCACCGUUGUUCCUCCAACUGAGACGACACCGUCUUUCUUGAUAGACCCAAAGAACAAGUCUUACAAGCACCAAUAUGCAAACAUAUACUUUACACGUCUGACAAUGCUAAGAAGUGCAGUGGAGGAGCGGGCAAGAGCUAGGUGGGAUGGACUACAAAGUGAACCGCUCCAUGUAGCGCGUGUCCUUGAUAUUGUUAAAUCCCAACUAUGCUGGGUAAUAGGUACAGUCUACAUGGAUAUGCCACUCAAGCCGAAUGUUCUGGAAGACAUUGGCCGAGAUCAUUCCAUCCCGGCUCCACCUCCACGUGAGAAAUUCUACUGCGAUGAAGACAGCGUUAUGUUGGAGGAUGAGUCGGGUCGUAUUAAAUUGGUCGGUAACCGUGUCAGUGAGGAACGCUUAGUCACAGGCGUCAUCGUCGCCGCUCUGGGCAUGGAAACGCCCACAGGAGAUUUCGAAGUUGUAGAUAUGUGCACUGCGGGACUUGCAACAUUUGCGGAGGAAGAAAUUCUUGGCUCAGACGCCAUGGAUGUGGAUGUAGAUUUUUCACCCACACGAGAUGAAUAUGUGGCCGUCAUUUCGGGAUUAUCCAUUGGGUCACCCUCACCUGCGGAUGCGCAAAUCCAAAUGCUUGUAGAGUACCUCACGGGAGAAGCAGGCGGUCCUGAGGACCAACAACUGGCAUCACAGAUAACACGGCUCAUCAUCGCCGGAAAUUCGCUAUCACUUGAGGAAUACAAUGAGGAGGGUGAAGACGAGAAGAGACCAAGAAAAUUCGGCGCAUCAACACAGGCGAACUUUUCUCCUCAUCCGAAUCUUGCUCUUUCCGCUCAUCUUCAUGAUUUAAUUUCCGCACUUCCCGUCCACAUAUUGCCUGGAGAGGAUGAUCCUUCUGGAAUCAUUCUUCCACAGCAGCCUUUCCCCCGUGCGAUGUUCGGAAAGGCUGCAACCUUCGAGUCAUUCUAUUGCGAAUCAAAUCCGGCCUGGCUUCGCGUAAGAUGUGAUGAGACCGAGUCAUCGAUACCGAACGAAGGGCGAACUUCGUCUUCUAAAUCAAAUCAUCCGCCUGUCACUCGCAGCCUAUUGGUGACCUCAGGACAGCCUGUUCUCGACAUGUACAAAUAUCUUCCAACCCCGCCCUCAAGCCUCGUAUCGAUUGCUGCUUCAACCCUAAGAUGGCGCCACGUUGCUCCAACUGCUCCAGACACUUUAUGGUGUCACCCUUAUCGAGACCGAGACCCUUUUGUUUUGCGGAAAACUCCGGAUAUAUACCUUGUUGGCGGAAUGCCCAAAUUUGGUACAAAGCUGGUAGGUUCAGAAGAUGGAUCGGGCAGGGCAGGGAGAUGUUGCAGAAUUGUUCUAGUGCCUAGCUUCUCGCAGACGGGCAUUCUAGUGCUUGUCAAUCUGCGGACUUUGGAAGUGCAGUGCGUGGAUUUUGGGGUCGAGGGAUUGAGUGCGGGUGGCGGAGAGCAGCGGCCUUCAGGAGAUGAUGGAGAUGCCAUGGCAGAAGGCUAACAAAAUUUUAUUGAUUUUUUUCUUCUUUCGGUCAACAUCAAAUCGCAAUUCAGGCUGGAGAUUCCUCGGGCCCCUCUUUCCCCUGAAGUCUUCACGAGCAGUUGUCGGUUUAAUUUUGCGCCACAUCUGGUUGAAGCCUAUCAGCAUCUUCUGAUUCAUGGAAUUUAGAUUGAUUUGGCAGGUGUAGUGUUCAGGGUCACGUGGAUAAUAGUCCAUCAUCAGUUGUGAUUGUGAAAGGCUGUCAAAGGUUGUCCUUUUUUUCAUCCCCAUUUAUUGCUGAAGAAGCCGUUGUCAAGUAUGACAGAACAAAACAAAAAACCAAAAGGCUCUUUUUUUAUUCCGGGGCUCACUUCAGCUCUCCUUAGCCUCGCCUACGGUUCCCUUCUCAAAGU